AUGCGCUGGGCCAAUACGGGGGGAGUGCGGUGGCAGGCCCAGUUGCCGGCGGACGUCGAGCACAUUGGGACCCCUGCGGCCCUCCUCAUUGAUGUUGUUGGUCAAAAUCCCGGUCAUUUCUUGUGUGGACCAGGGGGUUUGGAUAAGAGCGCCAAGGUGCGGGCUCAACCGUGCAAUCCACCUGUGCCCUCCCCCCCCCCUCCGGUCUUCUUGCCACCGGGCCCAGAUGGGGGAGCAGGAGAGAGUGCGGUAGGCGCUUUGCAAGUGUGCAUUCACUAAUAUAAACGAAGAGGCGAGUUCCAGGAAGUAGUCACGAAAAAGGAGACACGAUUGCCGGAACAAGGGCUUUGUUAGCCUGACAUUUCGGAUUUUCAAUCGAAUCCAUCAUCAAAGACAGGGUCAGAUAAGGGUGGUUAAUUGCCUAGGUGUUGCAGUAUUUAUAGGAUGUAGUUGCUAGGCCGCUACAUGCCAAAACUUGAAGAAACUUAAAGAGGUAAGCCUCCUGCCGAGCGACGUCAUGGUAUCCUUUGAUGUCACGUCCCUCUUUACUUCUAUUCCACAGGACCUGGCAGUCGAGUCCAUCGCACUACUCCUGCGAGGCAAAUACGAUGAAACGGAGAAUCGUCUCACACAAGCCCGCAUCAUCCAACUCCUGAAGUUCUGUCUCAAGACGUACUUUAUGUUCGACAGAACAAUCUACGAGCAGGUGAGGGGCACGCCAAUGGGUUCGCCGAUUUCAGGACUCGUAGCCGAGGCGGUCCUACAACGGUUGAAGUCGCUGGUUUGCCGACCCAACAGACCGAAAUUCAGGGCUUGGUAUGUAAAUGAUAACUUCGUCCUCUUCGAACGGGAUCGGGUGAUGGAAUUCAAAGAAAAUCUUAACGACAUCUUCCCGGACAUUUGA